AUGACUUUUCAAUAUCUAAUACUUUUGGUUAUUCUCAUUAUUUUCUAUUAUCAAUACUUAUACUUUGUUCGUCCAAGUUCAUUAUCAUCAGUACCACUACUACCACCAUGUACAUGUCGAAAUCACAAGAAUGAGACGGUCGAUUGGUUUAUUAUUUAUAAAUUGCCACAUCUUGCACAUUCAAUUGAUCCAUUUGUUGCUAACGGUACUGGAUAUAUCUAUUUGGAUAGUUCAUCGCCAUUAGACAAAUGGUUAUUUUCAUCACAAAGUAUUGAUUCAUCAUUAUCAUUAACUGGUUUGACAUUAGGACCAUUAUAUAAAUUUAAAGAAUAUUCAUAUCUGUUUUAUAAUGAUCAACCACCAAAUAUGCCGGUUUCAUUGAUAUAUGGCCAUUCAAAAGGUGUAUUAGCAUUUGAAGAUAAUACACAAACAGGAUUUUGGUUUGUUCAUAGUGUUCCACAUUUUCCACAAAUCAUCGAGAAAGGCUAUGAUUAUCCAGAUUCAGGUCGUAUAUUUGGUCAAACAAUGUUAUGCAUUACGCUUCAAAGUACUUCUUCAUUAUCUGUUAAUUCGAUUGAUUUACUAUCAAAUCAUUUUCUUUUUACACGUCCAUUGGUGUUUGAUUCAAGUUUAACUCCAUCGGCAACUAAUCGUUAUCUAAUUCUCGCGAAUAGUAUUAUAACAAAUAAAGGUCAUAUAAAUGAGCCACCCUAUACGCAUAUUUACACUUUAAAUACUUCUUCACUUGAAAUCCUUACAUUUGCUAAAUAUGGGUUAGCCAAUAUGGAUAUGCUAAGUGAAUUUAUAGUCCCAUCUCUUCGUACUUCAAUGUUAAGUGAAACAUGGUCAAAUGGCAGACAAAUGAAUUUACCAUCAAAUUGUACAGGUCAAUAUCAUACAGAGAAUAUUGAAAAACUUUCAUUUAAUUUUACUGUUCAUCAUGAUCAUUCAAAAUGGCUUGUAAGUAACGAUGGAACUUGGACAUGCAUUGGUGAUAUGAAUCGACAAGCUGAACAAAAAGUUAGACAUGGCGGUUUUGCUUGUAUUAAUGAUCGACGUAUUCAACAACGAUUCCGACAACUUGUUUCAACGAUAGAACCAUGUCCAAUUAAUGAAAUAUAA